UAAGGACCCUAAUGAGCUCUUUGGGGAGGUAAUAAAUGGAGGAAGAUAAGUACUAUUGAGACAAAAUCCUUGCGGAUAAAUAAUGAAUGAACAUUUUGCGGCUAUUGAGUCUCAACUUGUGCGCUUGGAGAACGAAGUCCAAUCAAAUAUGUGUGAAGUUGCUUGUGGCCAUCCAAAGUCAGCAUGAUGAGCAUUUUCAGGUGACUGCUGCUGCUGCUGUGUCUCUAAACUUUUCCUCCAUGUUGUAACCUUUUUGGUUAAUGCGACAGUGACGAUAAGUGUUGUUCACGCAGGUGAAAGGUCGGCGGGGUACAAUCGGAUUAUUUCCGAUCGCGUCCGGCCUCAGGCGACAGAUGUCAAUCAGAGUCGGGCCUGCUCUUAUUGCUGAUGCUCAAUAAGAGAGGACGCUGACCUUUAAUUUAAUGCAUCAUCUUGUUGUUUAGACCAAUUGGAAAACUUGAGAGUAAGGAGAGAGCUGAAUUUGUAGUAUUUAUUAUUUUUGUUUACUUCAUUUGACUUUAUGUUUACAGCAAUCCCUCGUUUACUGCAGGGGUACAGUUCCGGUCUUACAUAUUUUUAAGAUGUUUGAACCUCCCCACACAUCCUCUUAUAAACACUUUCUAUACGUUUAAGCAUACAGUAAUGCACAGUAGUAUUGUCCACUAUGUACAUUUGAUUCCUUGUCAUAUUUAUGUAUUUAUUUUACAGUUUUAAUGUUUUAGGAUCGGGAGUGAGCUAGUUUGUAUUCUUUAGGUGGUUAGAGGAUUAGCUACACAGAUAUUAGCUAGUUAGUUAGGUCGUUAGUUGCGACGUUUUUAAGUUGUGUGUCAGCCAUGAGCUGCAGCACCAAUACAGGGCUAUGCAACGUAACACAAACGUAACACAAACCUGUACUGUAUACAGUUUUUGCAUAAGUGUACUGGGCGCACAUGUUGUACUGCUGUGACCAUGAAAAAAAAUGUGGCCAUAUUUUGUCGCACAUGUAAUUUCAUUGCCGCAUCAGGCCACAUGCUGAGACAACAAAGAAUGUUAUGACUUCGUGUGUGUGUGUGAGAGAGAGCGUUGGGGUCUUUUUUUUAUCAUAAUAAAAAGUCUUAAUGUGUGAAUUGCCCCUCUAAUCUCCCAACAUGAAAAAUUAAGCCACAAAAUCAUUAGCGCGCCGGCAGCCUGAAAGUGUUAUUAUGCAAAGAGGCAUCUUGAGACUAUAAAUCAGCUACAAGUGUUGAGCCAUGCAGUUGCACACUAUUAUUAUUAGAAUUAAAAAUAUAAAGCUAUUUGAAUGUGAUUUUUUUAUUGGGGGGGGGGGCACACAACAACUAUCCAUUAAGUAUGGAUGUUUAUUUCUAUUUGGCGGACUACAUUUUAGCUCCCUUAAAUGUGGCUGCGAGAAAUCUCCUUUUAAAUAAUUGGAAAUUGCUGUGUAAUAACAGUGUAGGUACCAUGUAAUAGAAAAAGUAAAAGUUAAAAGAGCUGGGUUGCUCUCUGUGAAUGUUCUGAACCCCUGUUUCAAUCCGCACGUAUUGAUGUCUGGUUGGAUGUUGUAAUUGUUAGCCUAUGUUGUUGGCCUUUUCCAUACAUGACUAGGGUUGGGCAUCGUUUGAAUUUGAGCGAUUCUGGUGCCGAUUCCGGUUCCUCAUUUCGACUCCGGUUCCAAACGAUUCUCGAUUCCUAUUCUGUUCGGGGGCUGGGUCAAAAAGGUUUGCACGGUUUGAAUAAAGGUUGUCCAAAUUAUGAACGUCCAUUUUCUUACGUACGCACCGGAACUCAGAAUUUUGGCACGAGAAAUACCUACUCCGGUGAAAACUAAAGUAAAACGAGACGCAAGGACAAAAAAGUAAUAAAUGCAACCAAAUGCUUUGUAAAACUUUACAAACUGGUUCGUUUUUGACUGCACAUUUGCACAUGAAAUUGACUUCAAUGUUAAGUCUUAGUUCGUUGUUUUCCUUGAACUUUGAGGCAACUGAAGCUGUCUUGGCGGCCAUGAGGAAGUUUUUCCAUUCCAGACCCAAUGCCACUGGCAAUGACUAGUUACAACAAGCCUGUCAAGUACUCCUCUUUCUUAGCACCUUGGAGGGCCAUGCGUCUCUUAGUUUUGUGUAAUUUUGUGUGAUAUUUUGGGGAAAUCAUCAAGCCACUUCAAGUGCAGCAACUCCUGGAGGUGUGUCCAGGCCUUUUCCAAAACUAUAUUGGGGUAACUCGGGCGUACCGAGUGUAUUCUUUGAACACGUUUUAGACUCUGGCCCGAGCCAGUUAACUGGUAGAGCUAACAUUUCAGUAGCAGUUGGUCCGAUGUUGAAAGUGGCGUUCAAAUGACGACCGCCACGUUCUAGCCAAUUGAUGGAAACUUGUACUCACCAAAUCGCAGUGACCGAGAUAUGGAGCUAGGUGUUCUGUUUCUGGUGCUACACUGUUAAGUGUGGCAACUCCUGGAGGGAUGUGUCAAAAUGUGUGGAGUGUCAAAAUUAAAUAUUCCAAAUCAGAGUUUGUAUGCCUAAAUGAACUCAAACUUGCCUGAAAGGUAGAACAGUUACUGUUAAGACAUAUGCUUGUAUUGGCGUUGAAAGGUGUAAUAAAGUAGUAAUGAGUGGUGUAGAUUUGUAAUUAUAAGGCCCUCAUGAAUGUAACUUUGUUGUGAACUGGUAACAAUGACCUUGGUUUUGUCUGUGAUUAAUAGUAAGUCAUGCUUUCUUUGCCCAUGUAAUUACAAUGUAAUAGUCUAAUUACCAUGUAAUAAGAGUUUUAGCAUCAACAUCUUUCAGGUAUUGAGCAUGGGUGGAGGUCUAUUUGUCUUUCAGAGUGCUCUUUGCGUGUGUUUGCGCGCACAUUCAGAUGGAUGAGGACAGAGUAUAGCCCGUGGUAGAGCCACAUAAUCCUUUCAACGGUAACAGCGGCGGUGAAGUGGACCAUAACAAACUCGCGCACAGUGUGGCAGAGACCCCGCCCUGGUACCUGUCCAUCUUCCUGGCUGUUCAGGUGAUUUCAAAACUUCUCCCCAAAAAAGUAUUUUUCAAAAAUGGGCAACUUUUUUAUUCCUGUGGCAUUUUGAGGUACACCCUGUAGUUAUUUUUCGUUCCUGUUAGGAUUAUGUCUGGUUCCUUGGAAAAAUGUCUCCUCUGCAAAAAGCUUUAAGUGUGUAUGACUGUACUGAAGUAGUAGUAAAGCUCUUGAACCUGCACAGGACUGCACUUAACUGGUCGCCAGCCAAUCGCAGUCCUUGCAUAUCACCCUUAAAUGUUUCCAUGUGGAGGAUUUUUUUUUUCCCCAUUCUUCAGAAUUGUUUUAACUCAAUUGUAUUGCAGGGUUUUGGAGCACAAACUGUCCAUUUAAGGCCAUACCACAUUUCCAUUGGAUUUAAUCUGCACUUUUAGUUGGCCACUUCAAAACCUUCAUUCUGCUUCAGUUUAAGAAGAUGAACUACCCGAGACGUUAGCCUGCAGGAUUUCCUGGUAGACGGCAGUAUUCUUUGUUCCAUUAAUCACAGCAAGUCAUCCAGUUCCUGAAGAAGCAGAGCAGCAUCAGACCAUAACACUGCAACCACCAUGUUUUAUGUUGGCAUGAUGUUCCUUUUAUAAAAUGCUAUUUUUACGCAAAAAUAGAAAGAGUCUGCAUUUUCCUAAACCUUAACGUCUUGGGAACAUAGAUGUACCCUUUUGUCCGUCGACCUCUCACUUCGUGAACGUCUGGUUGUGCGUCCAUGACACAGGUGGGAAGUCGAGUGCUGAUUCUACUCAGCACAGUUGUCAUGAUUCUGAUGGGGGUUCUGGGUAAAAUCGGAGCCAUCUUCUUCACCAUCCCCAACCCCGUGAUCGGAGGGAUGUUCCUGAUCAUGUUCGGGGUCAUCGCUGCGACGCGGAUAUCUAACUUGCAGUCAACAGAUAUGAAUUCCUCCAGGAACAUCUUUGUGUUCGGUUUCUCCUUGAUUUCUGGGCUGGUCAUUCCCACUUGGAUCGCCAAGAAUCUGAAUAUCUUGGCCACAGGUAUAAUUCAUGUUUCCGCUGCCAUGAAACUUCUUUUUAUCACUGAUAUGUUUGUCGCAGGCUUCUUGGGCUUGUUCUUAGACAAUACCAUUCCUGGUACCAUACGUGAGCGCGGACUGUUCGCUCUGGACGAAACCCAUCUGGAGGACUCUGGUACCUUGGAAACUGAGGACAUUUACAACCUAACUUUUGGCAUCACGGCUAGGUUGCUGUCGCUGCCUUGGGUUCGCAACAUCCCGUUCUGCCCUUGGGGAGGGCGAGAGGCUAGCUGCAAGUCAUACAAAGGCACACCCUAGAAGUCUAGGAAGGAGCAGGAACCUCUUCUUUGACUCUCACCUUUGGGGAUUGCAUAUAAUGUACAGUACCUUUCGGGAUACCAUACUUGUUUCUGGGGUGGCGUAAACCGCAAAGAUUCUACUUUUAUCCCUGACUUGGAUUCUACAGUUUGGACAUACCUGUUCCUUUUCUGGUCUUGGUUCUGGUUCUACCUUUGACUCAUCAUCCAUACCUGUGCCUUUUAGGCCCUGGAAGAAGUACAAACAUGAACUGGUACCCUUAAAGGUCCUGCAGAAUAGUCAAGGGUACAACCUUGACUAUUUGUUUUUAAACGUACCAGUACAUUCUGCCUUUCCACUCUCUGAAAAACUUGACUUGUUACUGGGGUAGUACCAUCAUUGCCUCUUAUGUUUUACCCUUGACUUCUCUUUGGAACAUAACUGGACCAUUUUAACCCUACAAAAGGUAUAUAUACAUGUGGUGGUAUGCUCAAAGUUCUAUGGUUGACUCUUCUUUGGAACAUAGCUACUGUACCUGUCCCUAUUUGGCAGUGGAAAAGGUAGAAACAUAGGGCUGAACCCAUAAAGGUUCUGCUGUUCUACCCUUGACUCUAAAACAUACCUGUAUCUUUUUGGUCCAGGAAGAGGUACAAACAUUUACCAUGAAGUCCAACAAAAAGGCCUAUGGGUUACAUUAGCGCACCUGGAGGGCCAGAUAUGGGUGACCAGAAGAAGGUACAUACUGUCAGGUUACCAUUGGCUUGUCAUUCGGGUGCUACCCUCGAAGGUUUUGCUUUUGUACCCUUGACUCCCUUUUGGAACAUAAUGGUACCCUUUGUUUACUUGGUCCUGGAAACAGAUACCUUGGAGUCCAGUAAUUAGGGAUACAGGUUCCACUUUUUUGUCACUUUGUACUAUUGGUGCUGCUUUUACAUCAAUGGUUUCCUAUUCAUCUAUUUUUCUGUCAGCGUAUUGCAAUAGAAAACCUUUCCUAGCAAUAAAGUAAAGUGCUUAUCGCUGCAUUCACUGAGUCUUUGUCUUAUUGCUUUACAACGAUUCCAUGAGAGAUAACAGUCUGUGUGAAAGGAAGUAACUCAGAUUGUUGUCAGAUUCCAGGAUAGUCAUAAUAAGUUGGAGUGUCCCAGGAUGAACCUUCUGGAUGCUUUGAAAUGCUCACAAAGUCCAGUGACCACGUCAGUAGCUAUGCUAACCCUGAGUUGAAAAUCUAAUUUAAACCCUAACCCAGGCUUUAAACCUGCAUCUGAAUCCCGUCAUCCUGUUUUGACAAACAUAACAUUUGCGUGAAACUCCUUCCCUGGCUGGAAACUAUCUUCAAACACUAAUCCUGUCUUGGAACCCUAGCAUUUGUUUGAAACCAUAACCAGGAUUUAAAAUCCUAAUCCUGUCUACAUCAGAACAUUUGCUUGAAACCCAAACUAGUUUAAUCCCUAACCUUCGAUUGAAACUCCAACCCAAAAUUGAAUCGAAUCUCCAAUUUGAAACCCAAAUCUAGACUCGAAAGUCUUAACUUGAAAGCCUCACCAGUGUUGAAUCCCUAAUUUGCAACAAAUCUUUCACAUUAGAGCUCAGGAUCGCUCAUCAGUUCCUUUUUUUAUUUCCAAAUCUACAUUUCAACACGUGGCUAUCGAGCCAUUAGUGAGCUCUACGGAGUCCUCCUGAAAGCGUUCUAACGCCGACUUUGUCUUUCUGAAGUGAACAUCACCGAGAAUGGGGUUAGGAGUCUCAAUGGGAGAACUCAGACGCAAAAUGUGAGUGACGGAAAAGACAAACUGACAUCUUUUGAUAUUCACUACACCAUGACAGGUGCAAACAAAUCAGCCGGCACGGAUGCGUGAACAUGCUACAUAUUUCACUCGAGUAAGUAAGUAACAUUUUCACAACACGCUUCUGUGCACGCGUGCAACGGCAUAUUGAUGAGUUCCUUCAGUUCUUUUUUUUUUUAUUCAAAGCCAUACGAUUAUGCAGCUGGAAAGUCUGCGGCUCCAACUCACAGCAAUAACGUCCGACAAUAGGAGUGCGCAAAGAUUAUUAUCAUAAGAUGAAUCAUUUGAGGCUUUUGUGGGCAUUACAGAGACAGACCAGCUUGUUCAAUGCAUCCACAUUUGCGCAUUAAAGUCAAACAGGAGCGGGACUCCUAUUUGUUCAUUCUAAAUUCUGUUUGUUUCACUCUGUUUUAGAGCACGUUUGUGUGCAAACUUGAAAGCUUAACUUAAUGCAAAGCUGACACUCGAGGUAACCUUAGCAUCAAUCGUAACUGACUGAAGGAGAAGAAAUUGAUUUUAAGCGAAGAUUGUGAGGUUUGUUGAUAUUACAUCAUCACCUAAAUGUUUACCAUGCAGCCAUUUUUGCUCAACUUGACAAAAUAUCCUUCUUCAGCUCCAAUGGAAAACCAAUCUCUUUGUGUCUGCAUUAACCUGACUUCAAAUCAACAUUUUGCAUUGAGUUUUGUUCUAUUCAAGUUUACCCAAACUACUACUACUUUUUUGAGUAAUUAUGCAUGACUCCAAAUAUGAAAGUUCAGUAUUGUAACAAGUGUGAAAGCUCCCUGGUGUGAAAACUUGAGAAAUAUACUAAAAUAUUCAUAUGCAUGCUGCAGUCUUCCCGCUACCCUCCCAUCACACUUCUUUGACUCUCUCUCUCUCUUUUUCUCUUUAUGCACACCAGUACGACAGGGGUCCAUAUGUAAUUACAGUACACUACAAAUCCAGGCCUUCCCUCCAGGUUCAAUGGAUAAUACUGAUACUAAUACUGCUUAAAGCAAGGAGCUCUGCAGAGUUUAAUAAAAUGUCCCCGUUAGGGAAGUUGCAUUAUUAUUUUUCCAACACUGGGUGGUGGAAAAGUCCAAAGGUUGAUUUGAUACUGUGGCGUAGGCUUCAGAGCUAAAUCUGAUGGUAAGGAGAGCUAUUGGGUCAUACUGGAAAAAAAAGAAAGAAAAAAAGGUUGAAUUACUUGUUGCGGGUCUACUCAUGAUAGAAACGGCUGUUAAAUUUGCUAAGGGAAGCUGAAUUUUCAAGCUCAACGAGUCAAAUUUAUUUGUAUAGCCUUUAACACAUUCACUGCCAUUGACGGCUUUAGAAGACAAAUAUCCAUGUUAACUGGAAAGGCUGGCAGUGAAUGAGUAACCACAAGAGUCUCAAAGAGCUUCACUGGCCCACAGUUGCCAAAAACAUAUAUACAGUAUAUAUGUGUGUAUUUAUGGUGAUUCAUCACACUUCGCCAUGAUGUGCCAUCCACAUGCGAAGGAAAAAAAAUCUCAAUUUUAUCCCAGUUUAGUGCCACCCAUCCAUCUUGUAUAAGUGUUUCAAAUUGGACAAAAUCUCUUAAGAAAUUUUUGAAGGACCCCUGGAAAAGACCAUCAAAUGGCCGUUUAAAACCAAAAUGGCAAACUUCCUGUGCAUUUUCAGGCAUUAGUUCUUGAGACUUUUUUGGGUGGGUCUACUCAUGAUAGGCAUGACAACCAAAUUACAUGUUGGUAAGUCAAACUUGUUGCAGGGGCUGAAUUUUCAAACUCUUUUAACAAAAUCUCGAGGCUGAUCCU